AUGCCCUGGUUCACCCCUCUUUCAAGGCACCACCCCACUUUCUAUCGACCAGCAGCGCCCUCAUUGCAUGACGGCAAUCUACCCCAAACUCCACCUCACUCCCUCCCUAGCGGCCCCUUCACCGGAAUUUCCACCUCCUACCAAGUCAACCCCUCUUCCCCGAUCACUAUCCUUUUCCGCUACCUCCAAGACCCUCAUAUCCCGAACGUCUCAUCAGUAACUUGCCCCCUCUACUCGAGCUCACGAUCAUAUGCCCAACCAAUCAACCAGCAUAGCCGUCAAACAAACAUUCAUUUUUCCCGAACCUCUCUCGUCCUCCUCUUGCUGGUCUGA